AUAGCACGGAAGAUUUUUUUUUUUUUUUCAUGGCCCGCGUGACACUGACGUCAUGUGGAAUGUGGACGACAAAAACUUCAACAACACAAUAAGUGACCUAAAAACAAGCUAAAGGACACUAAGCUGGUGAAAAUGCUCCGUCUGCUCUGCUGUUGCUGCGUCUCCAGCGACAGUCUCGGCGAGAGGCAGCCUUUGUUGCAGCCUGGAUCUCCAUCUGAAGUGACUGAAGCUGAAUCAGCCAGACGGCCGCCCUCAGCUCACAAUGAUGCGCCGACAGUGAAAAGGAGUGGAAAGCUGGUGAUGAGACGGGUGAAUGUGCCAGAGUUGGAUCAGAGAUUUACUGACAUGGCAGAGAUAUUCAAUGAGCAGCAGGAACACUAUGAAGCCAUGGUUGGACACAUCAGAAGGUUGAAACAGAGCUGCGACAGUACAGACGUUGAUAACCUGGCUUUUGCUGAGUGCAUAGGGACGAUAAGGAAGGAGCAGGAGACUACAUACAGGGUGUCUUUGAAGAUGAAGGGCUAUGACUUCUCUCUCAUAUUGGAUCCUGUGGGCCCAGAGGGAGAAACUGAGGAGGAACCACUGCCUCCAAGUCUGCAGAGAGUCCAGAAUGAGUUUAGGGGUAUUUCAGGCAGCGCUAAAGCCACUGUCUCAAAGGGUGCCAAACUCCUACAGCUUAUAGACUGGCUGCUCCGGAGCGACAGUCAAAUGGUUGAGCAAGUGAAGGGAGCAGCAGAAACUUACCAAGAACAAGGGAGACUGAAUGACAACCUGGAAGAGAAUAUCAAGGAAGUGAGAAGGGCUAAAGAGUUAUCACAGAGAUACAAGAAACAGGCAGAUGAAGUUUACACUGAAGCUGCACAGAUAGCAGGGAUUGCUGUAUAAUUCCCACAUCUUUUAAAUAGUUCAUUUAAAUGAAAAAAAAAAUUCACAUAUCUUUUUGAUAUAUGUUAUUAUCUGGAACAGUUGAAUUACCAGCUUUAGAAAUGUUCUACCUUUGUGACCUGUUGUGCCAUGCUUGAUGGAAGAUCUUGAAAUCUUGAAUUUAAAUUUUUCUUUUAAAUGCUCAUAAAGCAGAUAAACGAAAACAUUUUGCAUGUGGGAAACUAGAUGAUAGCAAAGAACGUUACAAGUCUUUUUCUUCUUCUUUUACAAAAACAAACGGCGGUGGCCAAAUUUAUUAUCAGCAAAGUACUCACAGAAUCGAGGUAAGUUUCAGACUUUAAAAAUACCACCAGACAAUGUUCUCAGCUGUACAUCACUAUACCUAGUCAAUUAUCUAUUGAAAUGUUUACUUUUUCAUCAAUUAUGGCAAAUUUCUUUCACUUCAAAACUACAUAUUAUCUAGGCACUUUGUUGGUUUUUGUAGUUGCCUUAUGGACUCAGAUUAUUUGUUAGCUUAUUUAAUUGAUGUUUGAAUCUGUUAAAUAAUAUCUGGCCAUUUGAAGAUUUUCCGAGGCCUAAAAUUGAAACAAAAACAAAACUGAAAUAAAAGCAAAUACAGAACAAAUAAAAAAAGACAGU